AUGUCGCAGUGUGGAAAUUGGAGAAAAAUCAUGUUUUUAUCCAUUGCCAGUAAGAUCCUAACUAGAGUAAUCUUGGAAAGAAUUAAAAAAGCAUUGGACGAGGAACAAAGAUCAGAGCAAGCAGGGUUCCACCAAGACAGAUUAUGCACAUAUCACAUUGCCACACUUCGUAUUAUCAUCGAACAGUCCAUUGAAUGGCAGUCUCCUCUUUACUCAGUCUUCAUGGGUUUUGGGAACGUCUUUGACAGUGUGGAUAGGACAACCAUCUGUAGAUUAAUGCAGCAUUAUGGAAUACAUGUACCACCAAAGGUCAUAAGUGUCAUCAGGAAUAUGUAUGAUGAUGCAAAAUGUCACAUCAUUGAUAAUGGGAAGCUCACAGAUCCUUUUAAUAUGGACACAGGACAACAAGAUGCUCAAGAAAAUCUAUCACGAUUGGAACCAGAGGCUCAAAUGAGUGACCUACAAAUAACCACCAAGAAGACAGAGAUGAUGAGAAUCGACAACACACAAGAAAUAGGAAUCCAGUUUUAA